GACACAGUGCUGCCGGCAGCACUCACUGCUGUCGGAAGUGUGCAGUACAUGACGCUUUCCUGCUGCCGUGGAGGGGUCUAUUUCCGUUCUCUCCAGCUGAGCAGCAGGAGCAGCAGCAGGAGCAGCAGCCUGAAAAUCCCCCUUCACUUUCCCAAGGCUCCAUCGCCGGGAGGGUGGAAUGAUGUUUGCAGUGUGCCAGCCAGACGUCCCCCUGAAUGCUCCGUUCCAUGAGGGCAAGCGGGACCCCACGCUGGGCAUGGCCUUCCUCGCUGAACGGGAGCUCAGGCAGGACAAGAAUUUCAACUUUGUGGCAGAAGGGUACGACAGCAACAAGAACUGGAGCCAGGUGGUGGUUGGGACCCGGAUGGAGGGGGGCUCUGGCCAGAUAGAAAACACAGCCUGUUUAACAGCCGAUAAUCUGGUGUUCUUAAUGCAGAGACAGACAGCUCAGGGCAGGUUUAGGGAUGCUCCCCGAAGGCUGAAAUCAGACAAGCUGGGCCUCUCUGAGGAGGACGUGCGCAGCCCCCACAAGGGAGCCGAGCUCAGUGGCGCCGAGAAGGAGAAAGCGGCUACCGAAGACAUGGCCAAAGAGUGUGAAAAAUGGGCUGGCUCCCCCUUAGAGGACAAUGGCUAUGCCAGCAGCUCCCUCAGCAUUGACAGCCCCGACAGUAGCACCGGCAAUGCCUGGGAGGCACCCACUGCCGCCACCAAAGACCCGAGGAACCAGCCAGCGCCUCAGGUGUCCGACGCAGAUCCCGAAAACUCCUCCAACUUGGACACGGUCUUCCCGGUGCUGGCCGAGGCCUUCCAGAACCUCCAGGACAAGAUGAGAUACAAGGAGCGAGAGAAGGAGAAACACCACAUCCACCUGGUGAUGUAUCGGCGCCUGGCCCUUCUGCGUUGGAUCCGCGGCCUCCAGCAGAAAGUGGCGGACCAGCAGAACCGGCUGCAGGAGAGCUUCGACACCAUCCUGGACAACCGCAAAGAGCUCCUCCGGUACAUCCAGCAGGGUGUGGUGUGCUCCAAAGCACUGGCUCACGCUGGCCUGUGAAAGAGGCUCAUCCCCCAUCUGUCACAGUUAGAUCUGCCCACCCCCGCCCGCCCAAUCCUUACCCGGCUCUAACCAGUUGUUUCGUCUGAGCACAGCAUCCAGGAUUGGGCCCCACUGAGUUUUGCAGUCAGCUCCCAGGUUCUGCACGGGAGGUGGGCAUGAGAUGCUCUUGUCUUGUGCACCCAGGGAUUUCGUGAAGCUUGAGGACACCCAACCUGAUGAACGCCAGAUGGUAUUUAUGAGCGGGAACAACGUAGCUAGAAGCAUGUUGCCGUCCAUUUCCAUGCAUGACUCUCGCUGAGAGCACAAGUGAAAAGUCUGAAAUGUGCCCCAGCUAGUGGCUGAGAAGUCAAGGAACAGGAGGGUCUGGUGCCAUUUGAAAUGAGCCUGAUUAACCCUUUCUCAAACCAACCCCCCCCCAUGCUGCAUAUUCCUUUAGCACAAACCAUUAACCCUUCGCCAGCUGAUUAGCAGCCAGGAUUCACCAAUGUUCCCAGGACCCCAGUCUCACUGGAGAUCUCACCUGAGACCUGGGGUCACUAGUGAA